AUGUUACUCCGCCUCAAUCUACAUUUUUCAGAUGCUAAGGAAGUGCCAGGCCAUACCGUGUCCUUCUCCGGUUAUCCAGCACAACUCUCCUCUGCAGACGACUAUACUUUGACCAGCGCUGGACUGGGCUCCAUCGAGACCACGAUUGCCAUUUUCAACAAAUCCCUGUACACGGACACAUAUAUCAAGCCGGAGGGUCAAGUGCAUUGUUGGCUCCGAUCAACGAUUUCGAAUUAUCUGACGAAAACUCCCAAGGAAUGGGUUGAGUUGUUUUCGCGCUACAACUCUGGCACCUACAACAAUCAGUGGACAGUGGUUGACUACAAGCAAUUCAAACCAGGACAGGAGAUCCCAGACAAGGACAUGCUUUGGAUUCUCGAGCAAACUCCCGGAUCAAUCAAAACCCAAGAUGUCACAUGGUUCCUCAAGAAAUACUCUUACUGGCCAUCUUACAAUGUGCCCUUCAUCAAGGACAUCAGCAUAGAAGCAGGAUUCAGCGAGAAGGCUAGAGAAUUUGAUUGGUACAAAUGGGGAUCAACUCCGCGGGCGAGAAUUUUCGAAAGAGAUCAUCAUAAAGUGCAGGAUAUGGACUCACUGACGAAGCUGAUGAGGUAA